AUGUCGAGUUUUAUUCUCAAAUGGAUAGUCAAUCGUCUUUUGAAGGAUAACCAAUGGAACAAAUUUGGUGUGGAAGAUCCCUAUUAUGAGAAUGUAGUAAUUAAGGUGAAGAAAAAUGGUGAAAAAAAGUACAAGAAAGUACCACGAAAGAUUCCCGAGGGAGUCUCUCAAAACGAUGGGCAGAUAUUAGAGAUUUUCAAGAAACGCGCAUAUCGGUACGACUACUGGUUUCUGAUAUUUGGUGUGCUGUUUGGUUGGAGCAAUAUUGUUAGCAUUGUACCGAUAGUUGGCACAAUUGUACAAACGUAUUGGUCUUUAGGUCUAUUGUGGCUUGCCAAGAAACUAGAGGAUGGCUUACCAUUGGACUUGCAAUUGCUUUUCUUGUUGAAUAUUGUCAUUGAUUUUGCAUUGGGGUUGGUACCAGUAAUUGGUAGUUUGGUUGAGAUUGGGUACAAGGGUAAUUCAAGAAACUAUUUGUUGUUGGAAAAACAUUUAGUUCGCGUUGGAGAAAAGAAUAGAGGUAUUAUCAGUGAAGGUGAGGUGAGGCCUGGUUUCAUCAACGAUAAGGUCCAGCCAUUUGUCGACGAGGCUUAUGAUCAAAAGAUCAAACCUUUUGUUGACGAGACAUUGAAGCCCGAAGUUAUCAAAGCAGGUGGCCAAAUAUUGGAACUAUUAAACAGAAAACCAAGAAGCUCAAGUAUAUCUUCUGAUGCUUCAUCUAUCGAUAGAAAGAGUUCCGGUGCUUACACGACUCAAACCAGUAACACCACUGUUACUGCUUCAGUACCUCCCAGAGACGAAAAGACAAUAAAGGAGAAAGUUGGUGGUAAACCACAAGAUUUAACAAGUAACGACGAUUCGGCAUCCAUUAGGAGCAUCAAAAGUUUGAAUGCAAAGAACAAAUAA